AUUUUCCACCUCGACAAUUCCAGUACCGCUUCUGCCCCCCAGCAGUCGCGCCACCGCCGAUUGCCUCCUCUCCACUCCACCAGAUCUCAUCCCCUUCUCGCCCACCCCGAUCACCGCGUGGGUAUCGGAGCAUGGCGUCUGCGGCGGUGGUGGACGCCGGCGACGCGCCGGAGCCCACGGUGCGGAACCUCCUGGACCAGGACUCCCUCAAGUGGGUCUUCGUCGGCGGCAAGGGCGGCGUCGGCAAGACCACCUGCAGCUCCAUCCUCUCCGUCCUCCUCGCCGGGGUCCGCCAGUCCGUGCUAGUCAUCUCCACCGACCCCGCGCACAACCUCAGCGACGCCUUCCAGCAGCGCUUCACCAAGUUCCCCACCCUCGUCCGCGGAUUCACCAACCUCUACGCCAUGGAAAUUGACCCAAAGGUAGAAAAUGAUGAUUUAUCCAAUGAAGGAAUGGAGGGAUUCCUUUCAGAACUGACAAAUGCGAUUCCAGGAGUAGACGAAGCUAUGAGUUUUGCUGAAAUGCUAAAAUUAGUCCAAACAAUGGAUUACUCCGUUGUAGUUUUUGAUACUGCUCCUACGGGGCAUACAUUGCGGUUGCUUCAGUUCCCAGCAACCCUGGAGAAGGGUCUUGAGAAAAUGAUGGAGUUGAAAAAUAGAUUUGGCGGUCUGUUGAAUCAGGCCAGUCGAUUGUUUGGUCUUGGCGAUGAGCUGAACGAGGAUGCAAUGCUUGGGAAACUUGAGGGUAUGAAGGACGUGAUCGAGCAAGUGAACAGGCAAUUUAAAGAUCCAGACUUGACAACUUUUGUGUGUGUUUGUAUCCCGGAAUUUCUUUCAUUGUAUGAAACAGAGAGAUUGGUGCAAGAGUUAGCAAAGUUUGAGAUUGAUUCACACAAUAUUAUUAUUAAUCAAGUUAUAUUUGAUGAGGAAGCUGUCGAGUCAAAACUGCUAAAAGCACGGAUAAAAAUGCAACAGAAAUACAUUGAUCAGUUCCAUAUGUUAUACGAUGACUUCAACAUUUCCAAGCUUCCUUUGCUUUCAGAAGAGGUUUGUGGUGUUCAAGCUCUACAAAACUUUUCCCAGCACUUCCUUACACCAUACAAGUCUAAUCUUAAAAGGGGCACCAUCGAGGAGCUCGAACAGAGAAUAACUUUAUUAAAAUCUGCACUGCAAGAAGCUGAGGCAGAAUUAGAUAGGGUUAGGAAAGGCAAGCAGUCAGCGUGAUCCUUUUUUUCACAGGUCAAGGUGUGUAAAACCUGACAGAAGCUAUGAAGAAUACAGAGUCAGAGUUAGAGAGAGACGCUCAGUUUUUUUGUGUCAUUACACUCUUAUUGAUUUCACAAUCAUAUUUCCCCAUCGAAAUGUUUAGAUUUGUAAUAGCUAUCGGCAGAGAGUGUUUGAUUCACACGAGUUGUAUAGAUCCAUUCAUUUUGCCGGUUAUUCGGGUGUCUUAACUCUGAAGAAGUGAAGAUCAGUUCUAGAAUCCA